GAUUCCGCGAUGUGGUUGCUAGGAAGUACUUCGAUGUUAACAUGCAAUUUCCUCAUCGAUUUGGGAUUUUAAGAACUAUAUAUGGCCAGGAGUUCUACUUAAUUCACUGAUCUAACUUGUUAGACCCCAGCUGUAUGAACUUGGAGUUGGCCGUUGUGCUUUUUUGGACGACAAACCUAAUUCUAUUUUGCGGAAGAAUAUUUACAUGGGAUGUCACCGUUGCUAACGGAAUCCCCACCGCCGGUGUAUGUGUGUACAUGUGUUUUUAGACGCUGCAACAGACCAACAUGAGCUUUAAGCGGCGUGAAUAAGUUUUUUUUACCUUAGAUUUCCGGAAAAAAAUCACAGAAUCCAGAAGACACAAUGUCCGGGUCUGUAAGUCUUCUGGAGCUGGUGGACCUAUCACUUGGAACUCCUGAAAUUGUAAAUUACAAGGGUUUGCGAACUCUUCUGAUAGCGAUCGUAGAGAACUUGAAGCUCGGCGAUGUGCAGGCCGAACUCAAAGAGGCCGACCGGGCUGAGCUGCUGGCUGCGGCGGAGGCAGCAGCGGCUUCCGCUGGCCGGCCAGGGAGCUCGGACAUCGGCAAGAAGGACUUGGAAAGGAGCAAAAGUGACUUGAAUCGGGUGCACAGCGCAGCAUCUUCCUCAAAAGAGAUCCAGGACCUGGACAGCAAAGUGUCCAGGUUGGAGUCACAGAUCGAAGCGCUAAAUUCGCUGCCGUCUAACGAGAAUUUGAUGCAGCGGGCCCGGUCAACGGAGGGAAUGAAGCCGAUGUCUGAGAUGUGGCAGCUGAUGCAGCUUCAGAAAAAGGCAUCGGCCAACGAGGAUGGUGUAUCAAAGCUCAUGAGUAUGGUUGAAGACCUACUAGGAGAGAUGUCAGCACUGAAGGAACAUGUUGAUGGUUUUAGCAGUGAAAUAGCAAACCUCAAAGACAGAUUAAGCAAGAUAAGUGCUAAUGAAGACAGAAUCAAUGAGAGGCUGCUGAAGCUAGAGAACUCCACUGCCAAUAAAGACAGGAUGGAUGAGCUUCAGAAGAUCAUGAAUGAUUUGAACAACAGAAUGAACACCUUACCACCGUUAGAUAUCCUAGUAACAUGGCCUGCUAUGGAGGAUGCAUUGAAGGGCAUACACAGGGAUCCUGUACCAGUGUAUGACCAUGCCAUGCAGACAAUUGCCAUGACAGAAACCACUCAAGUACAAACUGUGCCAACAACAAGUUCCUAUUCACAGACGAGGACACCAAGUCCAGGUCCUCGGUCCAACCCACCGUCCCGUCCUGGCUCGGCAGCCCAUCCGUCCAUGGAAAUACAGCGCAUUCUGAAGGACAUCGGUGAGCUGAAAGGAAGGCACGAUAGCUUGGACAAUAGAGUCAAGAUCCUAGAGGAGCUGAUGAAUGGUAAAGUAGACUUGGAUGAAGUCAAGAAACUACUGGCAGAGAAGAAAGAUGUGCCAGAAGACUUGACGAGGAUGCUGGAGGAACUUAAAGAAGGACUUGAUUCACUCAAAGAGGGGAGAGACAAGAUGGAUCAGCUAGAUAGCUGGAUCAGAGAACAGUCCAAGAUGGUGCCUGCCUCCCAGCAGGACAUCCAACAGCUUAAGGCUGAAUUGGCCAAUAUUCAGGCCAACCUAACCACUGAUACAGGGACCAUGGCCGAAGACCUUCCUGUAGGGAGUGCCGUGUCAGCUGCCCGGCUUGACAGCAUGCACUCACAGUUCCAAGACCAGCUGGAGGGUCACACGCGGGGCCUGACCCAAGAGCUGGCCAAGCAGCUAAGCAAAGUCAGCUCCAGACUAGGCCACCUGGAAUGGAGACUAGACAGCCAGGGCAAACAGCUGGAAGCCCAGGCAUCCAUGCGGAUGGUAGUCUCUGGCGACAGUCUGCAUGUUGAGAAGACAGAGGGGUUGGGAGGGGGUUCAUUGGAUUUGGAUGGUGAAAUCAUGACCAACAUGCAGAAGUUGAUUCUUCAGCUACAGGCCGAAACGGAUAAACUCAACCACACAUGCGUGCAACUUGUGGAUGAGCACAACAGCAAACAAAAGCAUAUCGAUGCACUGUACACAUUUGUUGACAGAUUGCAAGAGAACAAGGCUGAUAAAGAGCAUGUCAUCAUGGAGAUAGAUGUUAAAGCGGACAAGCGAGCAUUAGAGAACAAAGUCAGCAAUACCCACUUCCAGGGAACAGUGGAUGAACUAUCGCGCAACCUGAACGAUGUAAUGGACAAACUGUCAGGACACCGCUCUGCAUGGGAGGAGGCUGUCAGUGAGAUGAAGCUGGACAUUGAUAACAAACUGGACCGGAUGGAACUGGAUCCACUCAAGACCUACCUUGAUAACCGCAUCAAGUCCGUCGGUGCCAAGAUUGUGCGCAAGGUGGAACCUGACCCAACACAAGAUGAUGCAGCCGGCUUCCGAAAAAAACUGCUACAAAAGUUCAACUGUAUUUCCUGUGACAGACCCCUAGAUAUGACACCACAGCCGCCUCUUGCAUCAUUACCUGAAUCUAAGGGUCUUCCAGGCACAAGGACAGGCCGACCCUACACCACAUUUGAAUUAGAACAAAUCAGAGCAGCUCAAAAAAAAGCCAGACCAGGCAAGAAUGUGCUGCACUAUGAGAACGCUCUACAGGAGCAGGAGUUAGCUAGGCAGCGUAAGCAGGACAUACUGGCCUACCUGGUCCACUUCCACAGGGACCUGGACCGUUCGGCGUUCUUUAGGAACGUUGCCCCGCUGCACCUGCAACCAGACAAGCAAAGUGGCAAUGUGGAAGUUCCAGACUACUUCUUGACCAACAGGAGCUGUGGAGGAAGUCACACCAUGACCUAUCCACACAGACGCACCACGCGCAUGGCAAACCUCACGGGUAUUGUACGAGAGGAAGAUGAUAACUUAAAUAAUUUCAUAAAUGGGAGGAUUGAAGCAGACAUACAAGGUCAAGAUGGUCACAUCUACAAAGGCCGCAUAGGACCCGACGACCUGGAGAGAUUGCCCACAAUAGCACCGCAAAAGCUAUCAUCUGCAAGGCUGUCUCGUCCAGGUAGCUCCCGCCAGGACAAUCGCCGCGACAAUGAGCUCUCCAAGUCCACUCCGGAGCGCCAGGUAUCCAGACCAACCUCUGGUCGCCCACAAUCCCGCCUCCAGACUCAGCGCUCGACCAGCACCCGCCCCCAAAGUGGGAGGUCAAUGGCAUCACCUCCACCGCCGCCUAACCCAACCGAGGCUGGCCCGCGACCCUCAACCCCAUCCAACACAAUAGAGGUCACAGGAGGUCAGGAGUCUAACAAGAGUGUUGUCGCAGAGUACCAGCCAGUCGAGGCCCAGUAGAAUAAGUCGUGGCGGUGUUACAUUUUAGUUGUGAAGUGUAUGUCUUUCAAUAUGCAUGCAAUGAGUGAAUUUGUGAUUGGUGAGUUUGAUUUUUAUACCAUCUCAGAAUAUAUUGGGGGGAAUUCACUUGUAUGUGACUGCUAAUUGCCAUGUAUAUCCACAGACUGAAAGCAGCAUUUCUGUGUUUCCUAGUGCCGAGUGAUUUUUGUUGAACUCUGCCAAAAAUUGCUUUAAUUAAUCACUUGAAAAUCUCAGGUUGGUUUACUGUUUCUUUUUUCUAUCCGUAAAAGUGAAAGCGUCCUUUAUGAAAUGUGUCAGUUUAUACCCUUCAGACACUGCACACAGUUGAAAGAAUUCUUUUCUUUUGCCAUAUUGACAUUUUCCCUUGUUUUAGCAACUCCAAGGCCUUAUUUUAAUAGUUGGUAAUGGUAUUGUUCAAUGUUGAAAGUUUGAAUGGUAGGUGUAUAUGUUUGUUUACUGCAAGCAUCUAUGUAUGACAUUACAUAGCACCAAGUUACCUUGUGCUUUUAAUAAGAAAAUAAAUUAAUCUCCAUGGAAAAUGUUCAUGGAUUGUUUUUAGCACAUAGAAUGACCCCAUCAAUGAGCUCCAACAAAAUUUGUGAAGUAGAAUUCUUGUAAUCAUUUAAUACAGGUAGUUCAGGAUAGGAUUUUAUAAAUUGGAUUUGAUGUGUGUGUGAUGACUGCCUGACUUUUUGCCUGUAAUUGUGGUGAAAUGCUACAAAGGGUGGUCUAAGCAUGGGUUACCUGAUAUCAAUUGGAUCACUUGACGUAUUUGUUACAAAAAGAUUUUUGGUGUAAAACUAUUUAAACAGGGUUGUGAAACAUUCGCAAUUUGAGUUUUUAGCUUCUAGUCCUUUUUGAUGCGCACAUUUAAUCACAAAAUUUAGGCUAUUUCCCUUACACUCUUGCAGUUCAAAUCAUAAUUCAAAAUUUAAAAUUCUUUUCUUAUUAUGCUUUUUUUUACUUCAGAGAAAAAUUGAUAGAUGUAAAAUUUUAGGCCAUAAUCAAAUGGCAUUGUAGGUCCUAUUGCAUAUCUAUAUAUGAAACUCCUUUGAAUUUGCUAUUUAGAAAUCAUAAUUCAUAAUCACAUUUAAAUUAAGAAAAUUAUUAAAUCAACAGAGUAAAAUUAAACUCCCAAAGCUGAUCUGACAUGUAGAACUGGGGAUUGGGGAUAUUUAAAGAAAAUUGAAGUGAAACAAAAACAACAAAUUAAAUGAAGUCUUAAAAAGUUAGUAAAAUUUUUAUAAGAAAUUAAAAAUACAAUUAUUCAAAGGUGCUUCAGCUUAUUUUCAAAAUAAAAUUGUAGUGCACUCAUGAGGACAUUUAUGUAGUAGUGAAAUAAAUGGCCGUACACAGGGAUGCCAUUUUUCAGGCAAUAACCUGAUUUUGGCAUUCUCACUUGAGGUUUUUGGCCAAUUUCAGGCCUUAACAAGGUGUAGUGAGGCUUCUCUUGGCCUUCAUUUCAGGCUCUGGACAAGAAUCUGCCUGGCAUCCCUUUGUAGGAAAUGUGCUCUUUAAUAACGCAAAAUGUAGCUGCAUCAUACCAAAAACUUACAGUGUCUUCACAACAAGGUCUUAGAUCUGUGCAUUAUUUUAUUUUGGUGUUCUAUAUUUCUUAACUUCUGUGUAACCAUUGACUUUGUAAAUUUGUCCCAAAGAAUGAGAGAUUUAUUAUCAACCUUAUUGUGUACAUUUCUGAAUCUGUAUAGCACAUGCAGUUCCUGUACAUAAAUCAUUUGCAUGUUUAUUUAUGCAUUCCUGAAAGCACAUUGAUUUUAAUAAACAAAAGCAAAACUGAA